AUGGCUUCAAAGGCCGGCGACGUCGCCACCGCCGAUUGUCGUCCUUACCUACUGUCUUUUAACGGCACGGACUGCGUCGCCCCUGCGGAUGCCCACUGCGUUCUCAUCCAAAGCGACGUAUGGGGUUGUUCAUUCCUGAAGAAGGAAUACACUUCGGGUGUCGAUUCGGAGACCACUGCCGCAUAUGGUGGGGAACGACCCGAUACGACUACCGACAAUGGUGAAGAGAAAGAACUGUCGCCCUACCUGACCGAAGAGAACUCGACGCAGUACCCAGCCGAUGAGGUCUCAGUGUUAUAUCCUGGUGCGGGAAUUCUGACGCCGUCCCGACUGAGGAAUCUCAACGCAAACCCCAUCGAGAAAGUCUCGACACCGCGUCCGAUCGAUAAAGUACUGACGAACUACCCGACGGAGGGAGACUACCCAACUGAGGACGUUGUAGCAGAGUACCCAAGUGAAGAAGCCCCGGCAGAGUAUCCGAUGGAAGAGCAAUACCAGACUGAAGAGGUCUAA